UCACGCGAUAUUAGAAAAGCGUUUUAGGCGUCGACAUACACAAACACACAUACAGUGAUGUUUUAUUAAAUAGCGUUUUUUAAUCACAAAUUAAGAAGGUAUAUAUCAGGGGAAAUAUUAACAAACAGGCGCGGUCGUCCUUGCCUGUGAGACCCCGCGCGAGCGGCCACUUUGGAGACACACACACACAAAAAAAAUGUCGGGGAAGAGUUUUCGUGUGAGUGACGGAGACUGGAUUUGUCCAGAUAAAAAAUGCGGAAAUGUGAACUUUGCCAGAAGAACAAGCUGUAACAGGUGUGGACGAGAGAAGACGACGGACGCGAAGCUGAUGAAGGCAGGAGGAACCGAGAUCGGGAAGACCCUGGCUGAGAAGAGCAGGGGACUCUUCAGCGCCAACGACUGGCAGUGCAAAACAUGUGGGAACGUGAACUGGGCCAGGAGGUCAGAGUGCAACAUGUGCAACACCCCCAAAUACGCCAAACUGGAGGAGCGAACAGGAUACGGUGGAGGUUUUAAUGAGAGAGAAAAUUUAGUUUAUAACGAGAGAGAAGAGUCGGAUGGAGAAUAUGAUGAGUUUGGCCGUAUAAAAAAGAAGUUUAGAGGAAAAAACAAGAAGGACACCGAGAAAAAGGGAGAGUCUGAAAAAGACGAGGACAAAAGCAAGAAAAAGGAGGAGGAGCCGGUGGAAGACGAGGAUGAUGAAGACGAUGAAGAUGAAGAUGGCGAUCUGUCAAAAUACAAGCUUGAUGAUGAUGACGAUGAUGAUGACAACGAUGAUGAUGAUGAUGAUGACGACGACGACGAUGGCGAUUUGUCUAAAUACGAUCUGGAUGCGAGCGACGAGUUGAAGCCGUCGGAGAAGAAAGGCAGCGUCUCGGGUUCCUCUCGCUCGUCCUCUCGCUCGUCCAGCUCGAGCUCUCGGUCCAGGUCCAGAUCCCGGUCCAGGAGUUCGUCCGGUUCCCGCUCGCGCUCGAGGUCUCGCUCAAGAUCCAGCUCCCGUUCUGGGAAAGGCUCCGCCUCCUCGAGGAAGAGGUCUCGCUCGUCCUCGCCGUCUCCAGACCGAGGCCAGAAGAGAAGCCGCUCCAGAUCUUCCUCUGCCGGACGCAACAAAAAAAGACGCUCUCGCUCGAAUUCGUCCGAAAGGGGUCGUGGCUCAUCUGGAUCGUCUCACUCUGGCUCCGGCUCACAAAAGAAAUAAUUAGCACAACAACAAAACAAAAAAAAAGUCUUAAACACAAAAUAAUGGAGAGAAAUUCUGCAUGUUGUCUUUGGGCAAAGAAAAAAAAAAAUCACAAACUGUGCUGUUUUAUGAGUUUCAGUAGCUUGGGGAUUUAUUUGGUUUUGUUUGUUUUUUGGGGUUUUUUUUCCCGUUAUUGUUUCGUUACAGAAAUCUGCCAUUUAAACUGCCUAAAUGCUCUGAUGACGACAUGAAGUUCCACGAUUACGAUCUUUGUUUAAAACGUUCUUAAAUUACUAGCUGACGCUGGUUUCCACAAAUCUGGUUUGAGAUCUGUCAGUAUUUCAGUAAACUCUUCGAGUGUUGCAUCCAUCAUAUUUUUAUUUAGUCGUGUUAGGAGAAGGUAAGUAUGUUUGGCUUUUGUUUUGAGGUUUUUUUUUGUUUGUUUGUUUUUUAAAGCUAGUCUUUAAUAGCGUUACUUCUGUUUAAGACCCGAUUCAUAUCCGAUUGAAAAAAAAAAUUUUGUCCAGAAACCAGCUCUACAAAGCCCAAACUUUAGUGCUUUUUGUUGAAAAAGUAACAGUUUAAUUUGGCCCCGUCAGAUCAACUCAUAUUUCUAGAAAUCCGUUAGAGCUCAUUAGACCUCCAUGGCAGUGUGAACAGCGUGAAUAAAAACAUGUCAAACUUA